AGUUGCUGGCAAGCCCGGGAGGACGAGACUGCUUUCGUUGCCUCAGUCGUUGCAUCCGUGAGGGAGUCGUGUCGGCGCCCCCCUGGCCCCCAAGCCCGCUGACCGCCCAAAAGGCUCGUGUGCUCUCCCGAACUCGCCAGCCGCUCGCCGCUUGCCCUGCAGGCCGUGCCUCCUGCAUCAUGUGCGGUAUAUUUGCUUACUUAAACUACCAUGUUCCUCGCACGAGACGAGAAAUUUUGGAGACCCUAAUCAAAGGCCUUCAGAGACUGGAGUACAGAGGAUAUGAUUCUGCUGGUGUGGGGAUUGAUGGAGGCAAUGACAAAGACUGGGAAGCCAAUGCCUGCAAAAUCCAGCUCAUUAAGAAGAAAGGAAAAGUUAAGGCGCUGGAUGAAGAAGUUCACAAACAACAAGAUAUGGAUUUGGAUAUAGAAUUUGAUGUACACCUUGGAAUAGCUCAUACCCGUUGGGCAACACAUGGCGAACCCAAUCCUGUCAAUAGCCAUCCCCAGCGCUCUGAUAAAAAUAAUGAAUUUAUUGUUAUUCACAAUGGAAUCAUCACCAACUACAAAGACUUGAAAAAGUUUUUGGAAAGCAAAGGCUAUGACUUUGAAUCUGAAACAGACACAGAGACAAUUGCCAAGCUUGUUAAGUACAUGUAUGACAAUCGGGAAAGUCAAGAUAUAAGUUUUACUACCUUGGUGGAGAGAGUCAUCCAACAAUUGGAAGGUGCUUUUGCACUUGUAUUUAAAAGUGUUCAUUUUCCUGGCCAAGCAGUAGGCACAAGAAGAGGUAGCCCUCUGUUGAUUGGUGUACGAAGUGAACAUAAACUAUCUACUGAUCAUAUUCCAAUCCUCUACAGAACAGGCAAAGAUAAGAAAGGAGGCUGUAACCUCUCUCGUGUGGACAGCACAACUUGCCUUUUCCCCGUUGAAGAAAAAGCAGUGGAGUAUUACUUUGCUUCUGAUGCAAGUGCUGUCAUAGAACACACCAAUCGUGUCAUCUUUCUCGAGGAUGAUGAUGUCGCUGCAGUGGUGGACGGCCGUCUUUCUAUCCAUCGAAUUAAACGGACUGCGGGAGAUCACCCUGGACGAGCUGUGCAGACCCUCCAGAUGGAACUCCAGCAGAUCAUGAAGGGCAACUUCAGUUCAUUUAUGCAGAAGGAAAUUUUUGAGCAGCCAGAGUCAGUUGUGAACACAAUGAGAGGAAGAGUCAACUUUGAUGACUAUACUGUGAAUUUGGGCGGUUUGAAGGAUCACAUUAAGGAGAUCCAGAGGUGUCGGCGUUUGAUUCUUAUCGCUUGUGGAACAAGUUAUCAUGCUGGUGUAGCAACACGUCAAGUUCUUGAAGAGCUGACUGAGUUGCCUGUUAUGGUGGAGCUAGCCAGUGAUUUCCUGGAUAGAAACACCCCGGUUUUUCGAGAUGAUGUUUGCUUUUUCAUUAGUCAGUCAGGUGAGACAGCAGAUACCCUGAUGGGUCUUCGGUACUGCAAGGAGAGAGGAGCUUUAACUGUUGGGAUCACAAACACGGUUGGCAGUUCCAUAUCAAGAGAGACAGACUGUGGAGUUCACAUCAAUGCUGGGCCCGAGAUUGGGGUGGCCAGCACAAAGGCAUACACAAGCCAGUUUGUAUCCCUUGUGAUGUUUGCUCUUAUGAUGUGUGAUGACAGGAUCUCCAUGCAAGAGAGACGCAAAGAGAUCAUGCUUGGAUUGAAGCGGCUGCCUGAUUUAAUUAAGGAAGUUUUGAGCAUGGAUGAUGAAAUUCAGAAACUGGCAACAGAACUUUAUCACCAGAAGUCAGUCUUGAUAAUGGGACGUGGCUAUCAUUAUGCUACUUGUCUUGAAGGGGCCCUAAAAAUCAAAGAAAUCACUUACAUGCACUCUGAAGGUAUCCUUGCUGGUGAGUUGAAACACGGCCCUCUAGCUUUGGUGGAUAAGUUGAUGCCUGUCAUCAUGAUCAUCAUGAGAGAUCACACCUAUGCCAAGUGUCAGAAUGCUCUUCAGCAGGUGGUUGCUAGGCAGGGACGGCCAGUGGUGAUCUGUGAUAAGGAAGACACUGAGACCAUUAAGAACACAAAAAGAACAAUCAAAGUGCCACACUCAGUGGACUGCCUGCAGGGCAUUCUUAGCGUGAUCCCCUUACAGUUGCUGGCCUUCCACCUGGCUGUGCUGAGAGGCUAUGAUGUUGAUUUCCCGCGGAAUCUAGCCAAAUCUGUAACCGUAGAAUAAGGAACAUCUGAAACUGGGCAAUUAAGCAACACAAGACACCUUUUGUAUUUAAAACCUUGAUUUAAAAUAUCACCCCCUAAGCCUUUUCUAGUAAAUCCUUAUUUAUAUAUCAGUUAUAAUUAUUCCAUUCAAUUUGUGAUUUUUGUGAAAUUACCUCAUAUUUUCCCAGUAAUUUGUGAGGGAGUUUGAAUAAUGGAAUCUAUAUUGAUAUUGGUGUCAGAAAGAGAUUUAGCUCUCAUUUUCAUUAAAGGAUGCUGAGUGUUGGAUUUCCGGGCCCUCCACUUCUAUCUGAGAGGCGGCCAAUGAAAGAGUAGUGCAUUUAAUUGGAAUAUUUAAAGCCAGCAGCAAUGUACUCGGACAUUUAAUUCAGUUAUAAAGAGAAGAUGGUGUGAUUUAUUUUUAAAUUUGUUUGUUAUUUUGUUUUUAAAUCAAACUGUAAAACUUAAAAACUGAAAACUUUUCUUUGUGGGAUUUCUGUCUAAGUUGUUAACCUUAGUCUCUCAAACUUACUGCCUGUUAUCUGUAUGUCAAGGUAACUUAGGAAGAUAAAUAGUAUAGUAAUGCGUUGGUUUUCUCCAGCCCUUGAUAGAAAAUACUUGCACAAUUUCAUAGCACAAACUUUAAAUUUGAGCUGCUUUGUACAACUGACGAUAUGAUUUUAAGUUUGAAGUGGGAUAUGUACAUGUUGUAUAUCCUACUCCUUGUUUUUUCAUCUCCUGAAAGUGGUUUUUAAUUUCCUCAUAUCUGUAGUUGUUUUUUUUUUUAAAUUACUGCUGAAUGACAUUUUAUCUUAUUCUUUGAAAUCACCACACAGAGUUGCUAUCAAAUGUCUCAAAUUAAUACCAAUAUAUUCAGAAUUCUCUUCAACUUUGUCCCAGAGAAGAAUUACCUGCAGUUAAUUUUAACUUCUCUCAUUGCCUUGUUGCAUCAAACUAGUAGUACCUUUGUGCCAAUUUGGAAGCUCCUUGCAGUUGUUUGGAAGAUUUACAAGUCUUUUGACUGAUCAUUUGACUCUAAAUGUAUACGAUGGGCUAGAAUUAGAAAAAGCUAUAUGCUUUACACUGAUAUUAGUGAAGGAUUAUAUAAAAUUUAGUAUUACUUUCUAGGUAUUUUUCUCUCUGUAUAUUCUGUUCUACCCCUGAAACAUAUUUAGGAAUGAAGAAGAUAUAAAUAAAGUGAUACUGAGGUGCCUUCAGCUAGCUAGUGUCAGAAAUGGAAACUUACAAUUUAGAUUAAAAAAUUUAAAGUAGAAUAUUAGCUUGACACCCAAAAAGUUGUAAUAAUUUCUUCACGGAGCUUUUUAGGCCACACUUUGGCUGUUACAGGACAGUGUGUUUAUGUUUUGGUUAAGUCCUUCUCUUUCAAAAGUUUUCACUUUUAAAUUGUGAAGGUAAGAUAUUUAGUAUAAUUAAGUAAGCUCAGUCUUUUCCUUUUUCUGUGUUUGAACUUCUUGAUGAGGUUACGAUUUUCUAGUAGCUAUUGGAAGAGAAGCAUAGAAUUCUGCCUUGUGUUAGGGUUAGAGAAAGAAUUGGCAUAUUUUGAGGUAAUUCAGAAGGACUCGUAGAUUAAGACUAGAAACCUGUUUUUAAAAUGAAAUAGGAUUACUGUUCACAUUUAUAUAGCUACUAUAGCUAUAUUUAUCUAUUUUAAUUGUUUCUCAUCUUAUUCUGUGUAGGCCUGCUAGUUUUAGUAUGUGUGUAGUGUCAUUCUUACGUUAUAUUAGCAUUUUAUGCACAUGAUUUAUAUGGAUUUGUAGCAUUUCCAAAGUUCGAGUUAGCUUUCCAAGUGAAACUGAUAUGUGAAAUCAAUCAUUAAUUUUCAGUCUCUGUUUCCUCUCCCUCUCUGUGUGUGCGUGUUUGGUGUGUCUGUCUAUCUUUCUCUAGCUCUCAAACACACACAUAUACACUUCAGGCUAGGGUAAGUUCUAAACCAAAUCUCAAAAGCCAAUAGUGAGAAAAAAAAUGUGGUAUUUUCCAAACAAACGUGGCUUCCAUUCCCUACCCCUUCUUCUUGCUCCCUACCCUGUUUAAUGUAGUGAUUUUUAGAUGCUUUUAUGAAUUAUGAACACAAAAAAUAAUGUAAUGAGGCAAACUGCAAAUAAGUGUGGAUGCUCAGUUAAAACCAGUAUAAUACAGGAUAAGAAAAUCCGAUUUUUCAAGAAAGACAUUCUACAAAAGGAGUCCUUUCUGUAAAAAAUUCUUUCUUGUAGUACAUUUAAAAUUUAAAUUCACUCAUGUAUAACUUAGAGUUCCUUACCGCAGGUCAUGAGCCCUUUGUAGGCCAGAGGUCAUGUUAGCAUCUAACACAUGGCCAAGUACAUGAUUGUAACUUUGGCAUCAGUCAGCUUUUCUGUCUUUUUAAAUCACCUAUGCCAUAGGAAUAGAUGGUAGGAGGAAAAUUAAUGUUAACUGUUUUUAGUUUGUUAUAGGAGGAAAAUUAAUGUUAACUGUUUUUAGUUUGUUAUAACUCUGUCAACACCCUAUUAUGGGAAAGUCACUGUGGUAGAAACUGAAAAAUACAUCCUGUUUAAAGCAAAGUCCACUUGUCCCCAGAUGGACUCAUCACUCGUGGAGACUAGGAUCAUUGGAAGGCACAGGGUGAGAGAGUGGAAAAAUGAAGUCAAGCUGUUAAAUGUUGUGAGUGGAUUUGUUCACUUAAAUCAUGGUCCAAGUUUUGGUGCGUAUCAUGUUCCUAAGAGGUGAAGUGUGUUUUGUAAAGUAAGCUGUUAUCACAGGCUACAGAUCCAUGUGUCUGUGGUACUCUAAGGAACAGCAGUCAUUAGAUGCAAAGGUGAAAACAAUCAAACAUCACAACUAAAAGGGAACUGACACAGCGUGAUGUGCAGAUGGGGCUGUUAGAGUGCUAAUAAAGAUUUUCUCUCUUAGGUUCUUAGGAAAUUGUUUCCGAGGUGACAUUGUCUUAUCCUUUUGAAUACAGGUCUCUUGACCUGAGUUAAUUAUGAGGAUGAGAGGAAAAGAACCCCUUUUUAGCUCCUUGGUAGUAUUCCUUUGAUACAUUUCUAUAACUCUUCAAAGAAGGAAAACCAGCUGAAAUGUUUGCUUUAACAAACAUAUUUUAAGAAGUCCUUUGGGGUCAGUUUCCUCUCUUUUUUUUAAUUAGGAUAUAUACUAUAGCAAUAAAAGGGAACGACUAAUGUUAAUUACUUAUUGUAUGCUACUAUUUAAGUGAUUUUUCUAAAAAGCACAAUGUCAUUGAAAAUGUUUAAAAAGAAUUCAGAGCUCACAUUGAAUUUGUGAGGGCCAAAGAAAUUGAAGGGAAUGGUAAAGAAAGAUAAAGAAGUCUUAUAUCCACAUAUUUAGUAGAUGUUGUAUAUCAGAAUACCAGGUAGUGUUUUACCUGCGAAAACAUAUUUCAGAUUACUUUCUUUGUUUUUAGUGUUAGAGCCUCAGGUUUAAAAGUUUUAACAAUUAAAUCAUUUUUUCCCCACAAUAUUUAAAGAUUGUUAAUCUAUCAGUAUUUCCCUUGCUUGAUGAAUUUACCUGUAUCUUUAGAUCUGUGACAUGAUAACCAGUAGGAAUGGUAAUAUUAGCUUUGAACCAAUUGUAUCCAGGGUUAAAAUAAAAAUCAUAGUUAACUAGCAAGACUGUAAAGUUAUGCCAUAUUAACUUGUGAGUCUGUAAUAGCUUGAUAUCAAUGUUAUGGAAUAUGCCAUGAAUAAUGGCUAAUGAGAACUUUUUAGGAAAUUCUCAAAUUACCUUUCUUACUAUACUAGUUUUCAGAAUGAAUAUAGAAGUGAUCCUGUUAGCUUUUUAAAACUGUUCUGCAGUUAAUUUUUAUUUUUUGCUUAAAUGAAACGUUCAGUAUUUGUUUGAAUUAUAUAUCUUGUGAGCUAGAAAUUUUAGAAUCAUCCUGCCUUUGUUUCAGUUUUCUGUUCUUCAAGAUGAAUGUUUAGUUUACUGAGCCAGUCAGUCAUUUCUUCCUCAUGUCUUCUGAGUCCAGUGACUAUAAUUCUGAACUGUGAAUAAGUUACCAAAAACUUGCUGAGAAUUGCAUUUUGAAGCAAUUUGCCAAUAUUUGAAGUGUAUACAUGUUUGUCAUUGUGUUAAAGAUUGUAUUGUACUAAGAAUGUAGCCAAUGUUUACUUUAGUUGUUGGUAAACAUUUUUGAUGCUAAAAGUUUAUUCAUUACUGUUACUUUUAAAAAGAAGAAAUAUUACAUAAAUAUAUUUAAAAGUCACGUCUUCACUCCAACUUCCCAAUUAUUUUAAAAAGGAUUAUUAGAUAAAACAAAGGCUCUACUUUUUCUGAUGUUAUACUCUGUAAAUAUUAUACUUUCUCAAGUCUUUUAGAACUUUUUGUGACACUAUGUUGUUUCUAGCAAAUUUACAGGGUAUAUGCAGUGUUCAACAACUUUAAUAAGUGAAUUGAUAGUAGCAAAAGAAGGAUAUUUAAGAUGGGUGAAUAGCAAGUACAGCAUAUACUCCAAAUCUAAAGUUUCUGUAGUAUCUGGCAAUCUCUUAAUUAUUGAACAAAGAGUCCUUUUACAGUAUCCUUUUAUAAACAGCAAGCUAAAAUCUCUAUCCCUAGUGCUUACAGCACUUGCUGUGUUUUGCUGGAGACAGAGUUAUGCCAGGGUGGUUUGAAUGAAUAGAUGUGCUGUGUUGCCUUCCCAUAGAAUUGAGCCCAAUCUCUCAUCUCUCUUUCACUCUGUGUUGCUCUGCAGCAAAGCCCAGAUCCACACCAGCAUGGAUCAUUUUUUCCACAGGCCACAUUUUUUUACAUAAAAUUUAGCUUUACUCCUAGUGAAAGGUUUUCUUUAAAUUCCCUUCAGUUCACGAUCAGUAAGUAUUUACCGAGUGCGUAUUAAAGGCCAAGAAAUAAUCUCCCUAAAAAUUAAGAGGCCACUUAUCAUUGAAGUGGAUUUGAGGAAAAAUAAGUUCUUUAAUAUUUUGGAUGAAGGAAAGAAGUCCUUAAGUUUCUCCCAUUAAUCUGAGGUUAAAUUGUUCUAUCUAAUUUUAAAAAAUGAUGUAGAAGCUUUAUUAGUUUAACAAGCAUCCUGGAGAUAAAAAGUAAUCUUGUAAUAAUAUACAGAGAAGUUGCCAGGUUUUAGGUCAUUUAACCAGCUGACCCCUUCCCAGGAAGUAUAUAUGUAAUAAGAUAAAUUUAUUAUUCUCUUUUUGGUUAGCAUGUACACAAGAGAUUAUCUCCAAGGUUGAAAAGACAUAUUUGUGAACUUCAUAUUAACAUGAUUCAUUGACUCAAAACGCCAAGGUUCACACAUGUAUUUUCUUAUAGAGAAUGCUGUUAUGUAGCCAUAUUUCCUUUUUCAUAUUUCAAAAAAUUUUUGAUAUGGAGUAUGGAUGUGUAAUUGAAAAUAUGGAAUAAAAAAUGGAGCUUGUAAACAAUUGGAGAAGUGCUCUCUGGAUAGAAUUAUAGUUAUUUCCUUCCCAUUUAUUUAUCAAUCUGCCUUUGUAUAUGUUUAUAUAAAAUUAAAAAGACUUUAUGCCUGUUAGGAUGAAAGCAAUUGGCAUGUUUUCAUAUGCUCUUAAUUUCUGCAGUUUAGCGACCGAUUGCAUUAUUUCCAACAAUGCGAAUAAGGUACAUUGUGGAACUCACAGCUAUUGCACACCUAGGGGAUCUUUAGAGGUUAGUUUUUGCCUCCAUCACUUAGCUCUGUAUGCUUUGAAAUGGAGAUAAAUAUGGUGAGGUCUUAGAAGGAAAAUGGCCAGAAUUCCCAAAGCCUGUAAUAUAGGUAAAUACUCACUGAGAGUUCUAGAUGCACUAUACCUAAAAGGCAAAUGAUCACUUGUUCUUAACUAAUAUAUUCUUUAUUUGUGAGACCCAAAGGUUGAUAUCCAUUAGUUUUAGAUUGUCGUGCAAUAGCCAGGGUGCAAAGGUCUAGAUGUGUCAGGAUCACUACAGUUUGUUUCUGCCAACAGCCCCUUUCAGGUGACACUGUUGUUGGCAUUAAGAAAAGCCAGUGUGGCAUCAGUCAAGGAUGUUUUACUAUGGCAAGUUCAAUGUGAGAUGGACUCGUUAGAAAGCUUUGUCUUCAAAUAAUGCCCCUAACUGGGAUGGAAAAUAGUCUGAGACGAUAAAGACUUUCAGUUUCUAGGUAAUCGAAAUUGCAUUAAAUUCAAGUUUCUUUCUGUUAGACUUGAAUGUAUCUAGCCAAUGUGAUUUACGGGGGCUUUAGGUUGUUGUUGUUUUUUCCUAUUUACUUUGUACGUAGAGUUGUUUUGAAAUAUUGAGCACAUUUACUUUGAAUUUUAUCUCUUGCUUUCUGUUUUGUAUUUGUCCUUUGAAUAAAAUUAUAAACCCAA